UCACACAGGCUGGCGGCGCUGUGCAAGACGUCGUGUAAGUUCGAGGACAUCCUAUUCUCGCACUUGGAGGAUAAGAAAGCCAACGAGAAGCAGCGAUUGUCCUCUGCUAGGCUUGUGCACAGGGAAAUGUGCUACGUCAUACUUACCGCUCUUGGAAAUAUCCACGAUGCGGCGCUCGGUGCGUUCGAAAUCCUGCACCCAUGGGACGACACAGAUUUCUUCAAGAAGAUUUGCCCAAAGGACACGUUUUUGAAGAUACAGGCUACAUCUCAGGUUGUAAGCGGCGAGCGGGCGUUCGUGGAGUUCGCGAGGGAGACGGUGGCUACGCUGUGCUGCCUGAACGCGCUCCUCUGGGAGGCGUUCCUGCGUCUCGUCGUGGGCCGGUCCAGGGCCAAGCGCUUCCUGUGCGCCGAGUACUACCGCAAGAAGGCCGAGUACUUCCAGGAGCUGUACUUCAGCUGCGAGAAGGACCGCUGUGCCUGCGUCCUCUCCUCGCAGGGCUGCCUGACUGGGUCGUAUAGUCCAUUGGCCGAGGCAAUUCGCGAGUUCCAGUUCCCGACCAUGGUGCCUCCACUUGAGGUGUUCUGCCCCGAGGUUGACGAAUGUCCCAGGCGACCCGUGGUCGUCUUCGAAGAACAGUACGACCGCUUCUGCGAUCUCUGCCCGCUCUGCGGACUCGUGCAGCAUUACGAAGGGUGCGUGUCUGAAAUGCACGUGGGCGGCCAGUCCAGCGUCGGCCAGGGCACCGGCGUUAGGGCCGCUGUUGCCCACACUCCGCGCAGGACAGGCGACAUCGAGCCUCCCCUUCGAUACUACACGCCGAUGCUGUUUGCCGAAUCGGCCGUAGGGGACGCUGCAUCUACGAGCACCGGGGUGUCAGCGCCGGUCAGGAAGACGCCCAUCGAGAGUGACAAGCUGGUGUGCGAGAGGCUCGUGCAGCCGACUGUAGUCUCGUACAAAGACUAUCACGUCGUGUGCUGCACUUGA